AUGCUUAUUGUAGGUUUAACCGGUGGAAUUGCCACUGGAAAGUCCACGGUUUCGUGUGAGCUCAACCUGGUGCAUGGUAUACCUGUUGUAGAUGCCGAUUUGCUUGCCAGGGAGGUUGUAAGGCCUGGAACUGGAGGAUACAGAGCGAUCUUGAGGCACUUUUCUGAUGUUGAAGAUUUGGUGGCUGACAAUGGAGAGCUUAAUCGAGCAGCUUUGGGUCGCAGUGUGUUUGGCAACAAGGAGAGGCUCGCCGUUUUGAACUCAAUCGUUCAUCCAGCAGUCAGAAAAGCAAUCUUUUGGAGACUUUUCAAGGCAUAUAUUUCUGGAAAAUCCAUGGUUGUUCUUGAUGUUCCCCUCCUUUUCGAAGCAGGAUUGUACCAGAUUUGCGGCAAGACGGUCACUGUGAGCUGUAGUGAAGAGGUGCAAAUUAAACGACUUCUUAGUCGAAAUCCAGAGUUGUCUGAGCAAGACGCUGCGAAUCGAAUUGCUAGCCAAAUGUCCAACCAGGAACGUAAUUACCGAGCCGACGUGGUAAUUGACAAUAGUGGAGAGUUGGAUGAACUCAAGAAGGCCGUGGCUUCCGUUGUAAGGGAAAUAAGACCUCUGACCAUGAUGUCAGUGUUGGACUUGAUUCCACCAAUCGGUCUCUUGUCUGCCAUCUACACCUACAUGGUACGGUUUGCUGGAGAUUACUAUAAACGAAAGCGAUAA